AAACCUAAAUCAAACAAGUUUAAAAGAAUUGUAUAUUUUUUUUAUAGUCCGAACACAUCACAAAUUCCCAAAUCCAUCCAUCUUACGUAAAACUAUAAAUACACAAAACAACCUCGUACCAACAAUUAUACCAUAAAAAAUAAAAAAAUAAACAUUUUUCCCUUCCCGACAAUCUUCAACCUUGUACCAAACGACGACUAUGACGCAAGUACAGGAAAGUACCUCGUAUUCAACACAUAUAGAGGGAUUUCGAUUCCAUCCAAUGGACAGAGAAUUGAUGAAAUAUCUAUUACACCAUGUGAUUGAUAAACAUGUUUCUACAUUAGUUCCAAUUGGGACUGAAGAUCUUUAUUCAAAAGAACCAUGGUUAUUUUUUGAAGGUAAAAAAGAGAGGACAUUGUAUUUUUUUACAGAGUUAAAGAAAAAAAGGAGAGAAAAUACGAGGUUUGUUAGAAGCGUUGGAAAAGGUUCAUGGAAAUCACAAGACAAAGGUAAAGCAGUGUGUAGUGAAAGAGGUUCAAUUUUAGGAUACAAAAGAAGUUUAAGAUAUCAACAUUUAGGUUCACCAGAAGAUGGACAAUGGCUUAUGAAAGAAUAUUCACUUUGUGAAGAAGUCAAAAAUAAAUUGCGUCAACGACAUCGUGGAUAUAAAGAAAAUUACGUACUUUGCCGAGUGAAAAGAAAGAGAGGAGCAGAUGAUCCAAUUACCCAAAAAGAGACAAUUGAAAGUGAAGAGCUCAAUGCUAUUAUUGAUGAUCCUCUCAAGGGCUCCACGGAUCCAUUCACAAUGACUCUAUUCAAUGAAGAUUACAACCGUCAGUUUCUUGGAUAGGCUACUAUUUUAAUGGCUUUUCUAUAUAUAUAUUAAAUGCAAAGUUUUAUUAAUUUAUUCUUAGGAUUGUAUGGAAUGAAUACUCGUUUUAAUGAUUAUGCAACACCAUUGUUUUGUU